AUGUCAGGUCAGUCUCUGCGCCCCUGCACGUCGCAUUAUCGUAGCGAUUCGCCGAAUGAAUCUCAGAGGCUUCGCUCAACUUGGUGCCAACUCGCUGAACGAGCCUACGCUCCCCAACAGCCAUCUACUCCAUUUACACCUCACCGAACCACCCGCCCGUUCCCGGACAUCUCCCAACAUUGAUUGUGACGCCCCAUGGUCGUAGUAGCCAUGUGUUGUGUAAGUCCGAGUCCCUUUCCCGCGCACGGCCGGUGAGACCUAGACCACGAGCUUUGCCUCCUAUCGCGCACGUGUCCCCUUGUGUGGGUGUGGGAGCUGAUCAAUCACACCCUUAUCGCGACUAGAUACCUACCUCCAUACGAACAACAACAAGGAGAACUACCUCUUGACCCCGUCCGAUGCCGGCGACUUGUGCGUCGCAAAGUUGUAUCCGACCCAGAGCACGACCGGCACCGCGUCGGCGCAAUCGGUGCGCUGUGAGGCCAGUCGCAACCUGAGGUGGACCAUCAACAACACCGGAAUCCAGGUGGGCUAUGACAGCAUGUCUUAGCAAGUGUUCAUAUGACGUUCUGACGCUUUGUGCCUCUGCAGAACCCGGUGUAUAAAUUGACUCUGCCGAACCCGGAUCAACCGAGCCAAGAUCAACCGCUGUUCCAAGUCAGCAAGCCGAGUCCACACGCAACAUGGUGGACACUCUUCUACUUCACCUACGCCGGUCAUCUCAUCCCUCCGAAGCGUAUCGAGUUUGGCAAGAUUCAAAGGAACUCGCCCGAAGCGGGAGGCGGCACGCGCGUCUCGAUCACAGGCAAGACGGACGAUGAGAAAGCCGUUUGGAAGACACUUGGGGAUGCGAACGAGGACAUGGUCGAAUGGAUCGUGAUUUGUGCGGCUCUCGUCGUGCUCGACAACGAGAUCGUCACUGCUGCGACCCUUGCCGGGAUCAACGCCGGUGAGCUACCUCCGAACUUCCCGACCCGACCCGAGCCCGCGUCAUCGAUGCCCGGCCAUGCGCCUCGUACACGUACAACUUCAGCACCGAGCAGUCGUGACGCCCAACGUGCGCGUUCGCCCCCAGCGCCGCCUCCGAUGCCAUCGAGCGUCUCUGCUUCGGGUCAUGGCCAACCCUCAAACCAAUCCGGGAGGCCAGGACAACCCUUGCUCGAACCGAAUCCGAAUGCGAGAGCGAGAGCGCCAAUGUCACAGCCCAGUCACAGCCACAACAAGUCGUUGCCCAUCAACUCGUCCGCGUACGGUGCCCCUCCAUCGGAGCCCCUGCCACCCCCACGGCAGCUGCAACCUCAACCUCCGUCCCAGCCGCCUCACCCUUGCGCAGCACCGGCUCCUCUUCCAUCUCAAGCCCAGUACCAGUCGUCGCAUCAGCCUCAGAUGAUGCCUCCAGUCGCUCAACCUUCUCGAAAAUCGUACGAAGCUGGUCGUCCUGCUCCUGCUCAAGCGCAUCCUCCGACCCAUCGUUCGUCACUGGACCCUCGUUUCGCCCAGUCCACACCUCAGCAGCCACCGAGUCAAUACCAGCCGCAGCAGCCGCAACAACAGCGCUACCUUGGAUCACAACCCUCGAUGCAAUUGCAGCCGCCGAAAGGAGGCGGCGGGGCUCCUCCCCAACAGCCCUAUCGCGGCGGUGCACCCCCACCGCACCGCGGAUCGCCGAACGGAGGUGGUGAAAGCGCGCAACAGUCACAACGCAUGCCACCGCCUCCACACCAACAUCUUCAGCCCAUGCCGCCGCCGCAACAGCAACAACAAGAGAGACCUUUGAUCCGCCAUCAACUCUCGGACCGGCCUGUCGCACGUGAUCUUCGAUACGAUGACGGAGCAAGGUCUCGACCUCAUUCAGCUGAACCUCCGAGGUCGCAACCGGUGCACGUUUCGGCUUCGCGUUCGUAUCCUGAAUUGCCUACGCCUCAACAAUAUUCUUCGCUGCCGCCUCCUCAGCAGCACCAGCAGCAACAGCGAGAAAGGGAACGAAAUGGCCGCAAUCGUGAGCCCGUAGGGUUGGCGCCUUCGGGUCAUCAGAGUUCACCGCCGAGAUCGCGUUCACAACCGCCGAGGGGACAUCCGCAAUACCAACAACAACCGCAACAACCGUUCCUACUACCUCGUCAACAAUAUCUACAACCUCAGCCACAAGGGCAACAAGCUUACGCAACCCAACAAUCCCGACCACCGCAACAACAUCACGCACGACCUCCUGGACCCCCUCAGCAACGUCCACCACCACCCGCACAACAAGCGCCAGCCCAACCCCCAAGACAACCUCUGGAACCCUGGCUGCAACCCAAAGGCAAUGCCCAAAAUCCGAUCGCUACCCCCGUCGCAGCCCCUAAACCUGCACCCACCGCAUCACCGGAGAAGAAGGCGCCGGAGAAGAAGAACAAGAGCUUUGCGCUUUUCUCGCCGCCUUUGGCUUCGACCAAGAAUUGA